AUGAACAAGCAGCUCGCGAACAGCCCCGACACGGUUGCUCCUGGACCAAACGAAGGUGCGGGAGCUGGAAGAGGCAGCCCCGAGGAGGGGCCGCAGAAUGCCCCGCCGCAAGCCCCCGCCGCGGUGGCCAGGCUGCCCCGCUCGCUCUCCAACGACCCCAAAACGCUUCCCUCCGAAGAAGCUAAGCCAAACGAUUUCGAGAGGACCAAGGUCGGCAUCUGCAAGCUCAGCAGCACCCCGGUGCAAGCCAACUCCACGGUGCGGAGGGAAUCCGGGGAGACCUUCCCCUACAAGCACGCCGCUGGGGCCGGGGCCGCCGGGCAGGCUGCGAUCCCCCCCUGCAAAAUUCCCGCAUUGCAAAGCACGGACGGGGACGCUACCCUGAACCUUGGGAAGGGCACGCUGGAGCGAAACAACGCCAAAGGCGCCUGGGUGACCUUGAGCCAGAGCACCGUGGUACUGGGCACGGAUGGCAACACUUCUGUCCUUCCCGGCAGAGUGGAGGGGGAAGACGAUGUAGGGGAUGAAAAUAAAGCCCGAGGGAACUGGUCUAGCAAGCUGGAUUUCAUCCUCUCCAUGGUGGGUUAUGCAGUGGGGCUGGGCAAUGUCUGGAGGUUCCCGUACCUGGCCUUUAAGAAUGGGGGAGGUGCGUUCCUCAUCCCCUAUUUGAUGAUGCUGGCGCUCGCUGGGAUCCCCAUUUUCUUCCUGGAGGUCUCCCUGGGGCAGUUCGCCAGCCAGGGCCCUGUGUCGGUGUGGAAAGCCAUCCCUGCCUUGCAAGGCUGCGGCAUCGCGAUGCUCAUCAUCUCCGUCCUGAUAGCCAUCUACUACAACAUCAUCCUGUGCUACACGCUCUUCUACCUGUUCGCCUCCUUCGUGCCCGUGCUGCCUUGGGCUUCCUGUAACAACCCCUGGAACACGCCAGAUUGUAAAGAUAAGAACAAACUUUUACUAGAUUCAUGCAUUAUUGGUGACCAACCAAAAAUACAAAUCAAGAACUCGACUUUUUGUAUGAGUGCCUAUCCAAACUUGACUAUGGUUAACUUCACCAGUGAAGGAAACAAAACAUUUGUCAGCGGAAGUGAAGAAUAUUUUAAGUACUUUGUAUUGAAGAUUUCAGCUGGGAUAGAAUAUCCUGGUGAGAUUAGAUGGCCCUUGGCAUUGUCUCUUUUCCUAGCCUGGGUGAUUGUAUAUGCCUCCCUUGCUAAAGGAAUCAAGUCAUCAGGAAAAGUGGUGUACUUUACAGCUACGUUCCCCUACGUAGUUCUCAUCAUCCUUCUUAUAAGAGGUGUAACUCUACCUGGAGCUGGAGCUGGAAUCUGGUACUUCAUCACACCCAAGUGGGAGAAGCUAAUUGAUGCUAUGGUUUGGAAGGAUGCUGCCACGCAGAUUUUCUUCUCCUUAUCUGCAGCAUGGGGAGGUCUAAUCACUCUCUCUUCUUACAACAAAUUCCAUAAUAAUUGCUACAGGGACACAUUGAUAGUCACAUGUACCAACAGUGCCACAAGUAUAUUUGCAGGCUUUGUCAUCUUCUCAGUUAUUGGCUUCAUGGCAAAUGAGCUCAAAGUGAAUAUUGAAGCUGUUGCAGACCAAGGUCCUGGAAUUGCUUUCGUGGUUUACCCGGAAGCCUUAACUAGGCUUCCGCUUUCUCCGUUCUGGGCUAUAAUUUUCUUUUUGAUGCUUCUGACACUUGGAUUGGACACGAUGUUUGCUACUAUCGAGACUAUAGUGACCUCUGUUUCAGAUGAGUUUCCCAAAUACUUACGUACGCACAAGGCAUUGUUCACUCUUGGGUGCUGCAUUUCCUUUUUCAUCAUGGGAUUUCCUAUGAUCACUCAGGGUGGAAUGUAUAUGUUACAGCUCGUGGACACUUAUGCAGCUUCUUAUUCUCUUGUCAUCAUAGCCAUCUUUGAGCUUGUUGGAGUUUCCUACAUUUAUGGAUUGCAAAGAUUUUGUGAAGAUAUAGAAAUGAUGAUUGGAUUCCAGCCAAGUAAAUUCUGGCGAGUCUGUUGGGCUUUCGUGACCCCUACUAUCUUAACGUUUAUUCUUUGCUUCAGUUUUUACCAAUGGGAACCAAUGACUUACGGAGCUUACCACUACCCGGGCUGGUCAAUGGUGCUUGGAUGGCUGAUGCUGGCCUGCUCGGUUAUUUGGAUCCCAGUUAUGUUUGUGAUAAAAAUGCAUCUAGCCCCGGGCAAAUUUAUUGAGCGACUCAAGUUGGUGUGCUCUCCGCAGCCAGACUGGGGCCCGUUUUUGGCCAAGCACCGUGGUGAACGUUACAUGAAUAUGAUCGAUCCACUGGGAACAUCUUCCCUGGGACUUAAACUGCCAGUGAAGGAUAUAGAAUUGGGGACCCAAUGCUAAUAAUUAUUGCAUUGGUGACAAUAACAUUGUCAGCCUUUUCAGCUAUUUUUUCCAAUUUAUUUCCCCGCCAUUUUUUCCUGUUUAUUUUUCUUCUUUUUCCACAGUGCCUGAAAGUGGCUGCUUAGGAAAGUAGGACUGACUGUUGCAUGCCAUAGGGAGACCUAUCUAGACCACUUCCAGGUGCAGGUGACGCUCAUUCUGUUUUGGGUGAAAUAGCAAAAGCAUGUUGCACAGUGGGUUACGUACCAGUAUUUUUCAGGUUAUAUGUAAAUAAACAAACAAACAAAAAAACAACAGAAAAAACUUUAAAGGAAAUUAUGUGCAAAAUUUGACCAGUUUCAUGCAAGCAUCCUUGUAACAGCCAAAGAUGGGACUAGGAUUUUGUUUUUGUUACCCAUGUAAUCAAUGGGAAGUUCAGCUCUCAGGAUGGAAGUGAGAGCAGGAGGAGAUCUCCUGUAGCCCUGGUGUGAGUCCAGCAUGAGGCUGUUGUGAUAAGUGGAGUCACUUUGUCUACACUGACAGCAGGCCUUGACUCAUUGUCACACACUUUUUGUGUAAGUAUGA